GCUUCCUCAGUACCGGUGAUCAGUCGGCCAAGGGGAACUACGGCCUGUUGGACCAGAUUCAGGCUCUGCGUUGGCUCAAUGAGAACAUCGGCCACUUCGGUGGAGACCCAGAGAGGAUCACCAUCUUCGGCUCGGGAGCUGGGGCUUCGUGCGUCAACCUCCUCAUCCUCUCACACCACUCAGAAGGUCUGUUCCACAGAGCUAUAGCCCAGAGUGGGACUGCAAUCUCCAGCUGGUCUGUUAACUACCAGCCCCUCAAAUACACAAAGAUCCUUGCCCGAAAGGUGGGCUGCACCUACACAGAGACUGCCGACCUGGUUGACUGCCUGAGACGCAAGAACUUCAGGGAGCUGGUGGACCAGGACAUUCAGCCGGCUCGCUACCACAUCGCGUUUGGACCUGUGGUGGACGGAGACGUGGUGCCUGACGAUCCAGAGAUCCUCAUGCAACAGGGGGAGUUCCUCAACUAUGACAUCCUAAUAGGAGUCAACCAAGGAGAGGGGUUGAAGUUUGUGGAUGACAGCGAGGACAACGACGGCAUCUCAGCUGCAGCAUUCGACUACACCAUCUCUAACUUUGUGGACAACCUGUAUGGCUACCCUGAGGGCAAAGACAUCCUGAGGGAGACCAUUAAAUUCAUGUACACAGACUGGGCAGACAGGGACAAUGGGGACAUGCGAAGGAAGACCCUCUUAGCUCUGUUUACAGACCACCAAUGGGUGGCGCCGGCAGUGGCCACCGCCAAGCUCCACGCUGAGUUUCAGUCCCCGGUUUACUUUUACACCUUCUACCACCACUGUCAGACCGAGACACGCCCUGAGUGGGCUGAUGCCGCCCAUGGAGACGAGAUACCGUACGUGUUUGGUGUGCCCAUGAUCGGUGCCACUGACCUGUUCCCGUGCAACUUCUCAAAGAAUGACGUGAUGUUGAGCGCUGUGGUCAUGACUUACUGGACCAACUUUGCCAAGACUGGGGAUCCAAACCUGCCAGUCCCUCAGGACACCAAGUUCAUUCACACAAAGCCCAACCACUUUGAAGAGGUCAUCUGGACCAAGUUCAACUCCAAGGACAAGCAGUACCUCCACAUCGGCUUAAAACCUCGUGUUAGAGACAACUACAGGGCCAACAAGGUGGCCUUCUGGCUGGAAUUAGUUCCCCACCUCCAUAGUCUACAUGAGGAGCUCUUCCCCACCACUACCCGCUCCCCGUCAGGCCCAGGCCCAGGAACCCACAGACCCUGGCUCAGAACACCUGGUCCUCGCACAACCCGUCACCCUUACCCCACCUUCCCCUCCGAUCCGGAGCCCGAGGGUUCGGAGCGUCCGCACCAGGACCUCUUCCCAGGAGACACCCGGGACUACUCCACUGAGCUGAGUGUGACGGUCGCUGUUGGGGCAUCGCUCCUCUUCCUCAACAUUUUGGCCUUUGCCGCACUUUACUACAAGCGUGACAAGCGACAUGAGAUGCGACGUCACAGGCUGUCUCCCACACGAGGCGGCCCUGCCAAUGACCUGGCGCACAGUCAGGAGGAGGAGAUCAUGUCCCUGCAGAUGAAGCACUCGGAGCACGACGCCCACCACGACAUGGAGCCGCUCCGGCCCCAAGACAUCCUUCGGCCCGCCUGCCCGCCUGACUACACCCUGGCUUUGCGCCGUGCCCCGGAUGAUGUACCACUGAUGACACCUAACACCAUCACCAUGAUCCCCAGCACCAUCACCAGCAUGCAACCCCUCCAUGCCUUCAACACAUUCCCUUCCACCGGCCACAACAACACCCUGCCCCACCCCCACUCGACCACCAGGGUAUAGUAGGGACUGGUCCAACACAGUGCCACCUAAGGACCAGGAGAACUGGCUCUGAUCUAGAAGU